CAAGAAAACCCAUUGUUCUUAUAUCAGUGAGUAGAAUCUUCAAGUGUCUUUUGGUUCUGAUCAAACGCUCUAUUCAAUUCUCUUAAUUGGAAAUCUUUUUCAAUCUCUUUGCUUUCUUGUCUCUUUCUUUCUGAUGAUAAAAAUCUACUUUCUUGUUAAUUUCACUUAAGUAAACAAUGAAUUAUUAAUUUCAAAAAAAAACAAUGAAUUAAAGAGUCUUUCUUCCUUGAAUAGUUCUCUAGCUAGGGUUUCAAUUAGGUUUUAUAUCUAUAAAUACAUAUAUAAAAUAAGAAAUCAAGAAGAAUAGCCAGAGAUGGUGAGAACACCAUGUUGCAAAGAAGAAGGAAUAAGAAAAGGAGCUUGGACUCCUGAAGAAGAUGAAAGGCUUAUUGCUUAUGUUCAACUACAUGGUGAAAGCGGAUGGCGUACUCUCCCGGAGAAAGCUGGAUUGAAGAGAUGUGGUAAGAGUUGUAGACUUAGAUGGGCUAAUUAUCUAAAACCCGACAUCAAAAGAGGAGAGUUUACUCCUGAAGAAGACGACACUAUAAUCAAGCUUCAUGCUCUUAUGGGUAACAAGUGGGCCGGAAUAGCAACUAGCUUGGCGGGACGAACCGACAACGAGAUAAAAAAUUACUGGAACACAAAUCUCAAGAAGCGCUUGACACAAAAAGGUCUUGAUCCAACCACUCACAAACCGAUUGAUCCAGCUGAUCAAACCGGUUUCGAGCCAAAAUAUCAUAAACUCGGUUCAUCCGGCUCCGCAAGAUUUCUGAACUGCAUAGCAAGGAAAUACGCGGGAGCUUCAAACCGGGACCUACUAACUGGAAUCAUCAUCAGAAACUCCUCAAACAUCGCCGAGGGUUCACUGAACUCUGUCGAGGUCGAUUCUCCGACUGAAAAGUCGACCUUCAGAUUGCAAAACAAAGAGGCGGCAAGAUCAAGUGCUCUCACAUCGUUUUUGACCAACAAUAUGUCGUCAUCUUCCGGUCUUUCCGACAAUUGUUCUUUCGCCGACAAUCUCGACCUAUUCUUUAGCAACGAAGAGAUCUCGGAUAUGUAUAUGAAUGUUGAUAAUGUUGGCAUUAUGGAAGAGUUAAAGGAUAUUUUAAGCUACGGCGGUGCUGAUGCCGGAGAUGUUCAAAAUUCACCGGAGUUUCUUGAUUCUUGGAACGAAGAAGAUGAUUUGGACUUGGAGAAUUAUUAUUGGGUUCGUUAGAUUCCAAGACUGGUGUCUUUUGUCUGACAAGUGACGAGUCGGAGUCGUUGGUUUUUUCUUUAAUUGAUGUGUUGCUGAAUCGUCACGUGGGGGAAAUAACGAGUGUGUUGUAAUAAAAAUAAAUAAUAAAAUAAAUGUUUAGUUGAAAGAAAAAUAAAAUAAAUAAAAUAAGGGUUUCUUUUUUCACAUAA